AUGUGGCAGAAUCUGGCAUUCAAGCAGAUGACGUACGGCUUGUACUGUCCCCCUGAAGCCAUCUGCGGAGAAAUGCAGCUUGACGCGCCGCAGAUGGUGGAUGAACCCGGUGGCCUAGAUCUCCUCCAGCAGGUCGAGGACAUCUUGGCUGGAUAUGCGGCAGUGGGUAUUAUGGAACACUGGGGACUGUCUAUGGAGCUCUUCAACGCCCGCGUGCGGUCCCCCGUGCGUGAGUGGAACAGGUUCAAGCAGAAAAAUCCAGGGGUAACGUCCGGGCUUCGCGACCAGGUGCUUCAAUGGGCUCACGAAAACCCGGCCAUUCACCGCGUGUUAGGAGCAGAUAUGUUGUUGUACUCCUUUGCGCUGUCCAUUUUCAAGCAACAGACGGCGGAAGCACUCGGUACGAACUGGCGCUAGUCGACUCGCUGCAAUGAAUUGCAGUAUUUUCGGGUAUCGUGGCCAGCUGACUCCAUCGGAGCGGUAGAGGGUUGACUUCUCGGAGCCGCGCUUGUUCUUGGUAAUUAUUUAUUAGGGUGUAUGGAUGCUCUUUUGCCCCACGGGGAACAUUCUCGAUAAGCUUUCUCUGCUAUCUGCAGACGGGUGUUACCCAAGCAAUGACCACGAUUGGUCUGGCAUUAAGAUGCGAAUACUCUUUUCACUUUUGAACUUCGUUUCAUUUCAUAGUUGGUGUCCUCUUGUUGGCGUUUAGGCUGAGUUAAGCGAUGGAUACGGCUUUGUCAAGAAGAGUUGCUUGUAUUGUGACAUAAAUAGGGUGUACAUUGUCUAGCAUAGGAUGUUGGAUGGCCGGAAGGUAUACCUCACAAUAUCACAUACCACAUCAGGA